AUGGAUAUAUUAAAACCAGGCAAACACUUUACCAUCUCUCUCUUUCUCUGUUCUCUGACUUGUGCUCUCUCACCAAUUCUCUCUUUCUCAGAGCCAUCUUGUUCCUUUCUCUCAAAUGCUCCCGCUAUUCAUCCACCUUUUGCCACUCACACUUUCUUUCUCUCUCUGUUCUCCUAUCUGGUGCAUCACCCUCUCUCUUCUGUCCCCCACACCAUACAUCUCUCUCAGUUCCUCUACCUUUACAUCUCUCUCUCUCCCCUCUAUUCAGCCACCUCAUACAUCUUUCUCCUCUUGCCUUGUUCAUCUCUUACUCGCCUCUAUUACUCUACCCUGUGCGUCUCUCUCUGUCUCUCCGUUCCUCCAAUUUGUGCGUCUCUCUCUGUCUCUCCGUCCAAUUUGUGCGUCUCUCUGUCUCUCCGUUCCUCCAAUUUGUGCUCUCUCUGUCUCUCCGUUCUGUCUCUCUCUGUCCUCCAAUUUGUGUCUCUCUCUCUGUCUCUCCGUUCCUCCAAUUUGUGCGUCUCUCUCUGUCUCUCCGUUCCUCCAAUUUGUGCGUCUCUCUCUGUCUCUCCGUUCCUCCAAUUUGUGCGUCUCUCUCUGUCUCUCCGUUCCUCCAAUUUGUGCGUCUCUCUCUGUCUCUCCGUUCCUCCAAUUUGUGCGUCUCUCUCUGUCUCUCCGUUCCUCCAAUUUGUGCGUCUCUCUCUGUCUCUCCGUUCCUCCAAUUUGUCUCUCUCUGUCUCCUUCCUCCAAUUUGUGUCUCCCCCUCUCUCCUGUCGCUCCUCUCUCUCCCCUCUCUGUCCUCCGUUCUUCUUCUGUACCUCCUGCUCUCUAUCAUUCUUCUCCUGUCUCCUCCUUUCCUCUCUCUCUGUUCCCUCUCUCUCCCUCUUCUUCUGUACCGCUCUCUAUCAUUCUUCUCCUGUACCUCUCUCUGUUCCCCAUCUUGUUUGUCUCUCUCCCUCACUCUCUUUUCCUCCUGUUUUCUUUCCCCACAUUGUCUCCCUUCCUCAUCUGUUUCUCUCUCUUACAGUAUUUAAAAAACUGAAUAAUUUUAGUCAGCAAUACUAA